AUGAUCUACACUCUGUAUUAUUCAUUUUUUGUUCUUUUUGGCAAAGAUGUUUUGGGUAAGUUUUUUUCGUCGGCAAAAACAAAAAAGAUGCUUCAUUCUACAACAAGUGUAGUUCCAGCUGGGGCCCGAGUUCCUGAAUAUAGUAUGCAUAAAAACAUUUAUUUAACUGGUGACUGGAAAUCUCAUAUGUGGCGAGGUGCUUCUCAUUACAUACCUUCCGAGAGACGAUGGCUGGCGUACCAUAAUUAUCGAUGCCUCCCAUUGCUGGCCAAAAGAGAUGCCAAGGAUUUGCAAUCUGAGACAGAAUAUGUCGACUUUAUUCAAUCGAGAGAUACCCCGUCAGGAAUUCGCUACAGAAAUAUUGGCUUGCUGCCUUGCAGAUAUCCAGAGUUGAGACUUUUUGGUUACAAAAGAGUGACUCCAAGCUUCCCAUGCCGUGAAUUUAUGUGUUGGCCCCUCUCAUCUGAUGUGAAAUGCUAUCAUGACCCCUAUGUUACACAGAGAGGGGAAUAUGGCUAUUACCAUGAUGUUCUGGAUACAUCUGCAUUUCGACGCCGUAAAGAUGUGCCAGCGAGCCUAAAAAUUGAUGCAUGUGAUGUCCCAAACUAUGGACACAUUCCUAACUUUCUUUAUGGGAAAACCACAUUUUCAGAAUGGAUUGACCGAAAUAAUCCAAUGUAUAAUAACACGUUCUGUACUGGCAUACAAAACACUCAUCAUGUUGAUCAGCCUGAUCCAGAUGCUUAA